ACAGCACGAUGGAUACAUAUCUCAGCUAUAUAUGAAAUAUGGCUAUGGUAUACCCAAGCUAGAUGGGAAGAAAAUAUUAUUCCUGAAUCAAUAGUCGGUAAAGUUACUGAAGGAAAAAUUAAAAGAAACUUGCAAGCUCUAAACAAAUUGCAAAAAGAAAAAGGAAUACGAAAAAUUAUGAAACAUAUAAAUAUUAAACACAUAUUAGACUGUUCACUAGAACAUGUCAACAAAAGCAACCCUAGCUGGGAUGAACAAGUAGCUCAAGAAACUAAGAAACUCAAGAAAAUAACAAAUAUGCAUAAGGAAGAAGUUAAAAAAAAUAGAAUAUAUGUGACAAAAGAAAAUAGCUUAUUAGUAGAAAAAAGUGACAACAAUAUAGCAACACUCAUGGAACAAGACAACAAUAUCUUAAUACAUAAUGAAGAGGUUAUUGAAGACAACACACUUAAUGAAGAGAUAACAAAGACAACAUGGAAACAACAACUCAAAAUAACUAUUCCAGGAAUCAAAUUUCAUACAACUAUUUCUGCUAACAAAGAAGAAAACUCAUACUUGCAAGAUGAUAUAUCCAUUACUAACAGUACAGGCUUACAAGAAAAUGAUUUAAUACAAAAAGAACAAAAUGGACCUUUGUUAUCUUUAAUGAAAAUAGACAACAACAAAAGAAAUUCUACAUCAAGUAAAGAUAAGGACCUCUCACCUGACCCAGUACUAGCACCUUGUGAUAAACUAGCUGCACUGUACCUUAAUUCAGAACCACAGGCAGAAAACAAAAAUACAGAUAAAACAUUACCUAUAAUGGAA